CCAGAGCUCGGAGUAGGUCGUUCAAGUAAUCACCGUCACUACGUCAGUCACUGAUUAGAGCUGCACUCGAGAAGAUGUCCAAACCACCGGCCCCUAUCGUGAACCCUGAGGUGAAAUACUCCCAGAUUUUUAUCAACAAUGAAUUUGUGAACUCUGAGAGUGGGAAAACUUUCCCAACAAUCAACCCUUGCACCGGGGAGAAAAUUUGUGAUGUCCAGGAAGGAGACAAGGCUGACGUGGAACUGGCUGUGGCCGCUGCCCAGGAAGCGUUCAAGAUCGGGUCAAUGUGGCGCACCUUGGAUGCGAGUCGCAGGGGCAAGCUCUUACACAAACUUGCAGAUCUGAUUGACCGGGACAGGGUGUACAUUGCAAGUUUGGAGACAUUGGACAAUGGUAAACCAUACCAAAGUGCAUAUGGCGACAUUUACUUCUCAAGUGAAGUCCUACGUUACUACGCUGGCUGGGCUGAUAAAACCACAGGGAAAACCAUUCCAGUUGAUGGGAAUUUUUUCUGCUACACCCGUCAUGAACCUGUAGGAGUUUGUGGCCAAAUUAUUCCUUGGAACUAUCCCAUGGUGAUGUUAGCCUGGAAGAUAGGCCCUGCCCUGGCCACAGGAAAUGUUGUGAUUGUCAAGCCUGCUGAACAGACCCCUCUGACGGCCCUCUAUGCGGCAGCUCUCAUCAAAGAGGCAGGUUUCCCUCCAGGUGUUGUGAAUAUUGUACCUGGUUAUGGCCCUACCGCAGGUGCUGCGAUCUCCUCACACGCAGGUAUCAACAAGGUGGCAUUCACAGGCUCUACUGAGGUUGGUCAGAUUAUCAUGCAGGCUGCUGGAGCAACCAAUUUGAAACGUGUCACUCUAGAACUGGGCGGCAAGAGUCCUUGCGUCAUUUUUGCUGAUGCUGACUUGGACAAUGCAGUGGAGCAGGCUCAUGAGGCAUGCAUGACAAACAUGGGUCAGUGCUGUGUAGCUGGCACCAGGACAUUCGUACAUGAAGACAUUUAUGAUGAUUUCGUUAAGAAGAGUGCUGAGAGGGCCAAUAAAAGGACAGUUGGAGAUCCGUAUGACUCUAAGAAUGAGGCUGGUCCACAGAUUGAUGAAGAGCAGUUUAACAAAAUCCUGAAUCUAAUUGAGAGUGGUAAAGAGCAGGGAGCGUGCCUUCAGGCGGGUGGAGGACGUCUCGGGGACAAGGGCUACUUCAUCAAACCCACCGUCUUCUCUGAUGUCACAGACGAAAUGAGGAUUGCCAAAGAAGAGAUUUUUGGCCCAGUGCAGCAGAUUUUCAAGUUCAAGGACUUCAGUGAGGUGAUCCAGAGAGCUAACAGUUCUACCUAUGGUCUGGGAGCUGCCAUUUUCACUAAUGACAUCAACAAAGCUUUGAUGUUUGUCCAGAGUGUGCAGGCAGGAACAGUCUGGGUGAAUACUUACAACAACGUUUUCGCUCAAUCUCCGUUUGGUGGCUUCAAGAUGUCCGGACUUGGCAGAGAGCUGGGAGAAUACUGCCUGACCAACUACACAGAGGUGAAAAAUGUUGUGAUUAAAAUUCCACAGAAGAACUCCUAAAUUCUGGGAUUGCACAAGUUGUCAGCAACUGCUGUUAUGGAACCUUGAGUUAUAAGCCAUAUUCUCUCAGUGCUGUCAGAUACAGUUUAACUGAACAGAGCAAAUGUUGUGAUUUUAGAAUUAUAUCCAGUAGCUAGUCAGUACAUGUACCCACAUAGUUAAGUGGACAAUUGUUAAUUUUC